CUGCGUUCACGAUGAGUCAUGACACUAUCGCCGGGGUCCAAGCUGGCACGGACUGGAGGGACCGAGCGACCCCCCCGCUCCGCCCCGCGCGUCUGAGUCCCCGUGCCCGGGGCCUCCUGCUCCCGCUCCACGGGGGGCGCUGCCUGCGGACCGGCCCCUUCCCGCCUCCUCCCGCCGCGCAGGGGCUCGGCCACGUCUGAAAGCGGCUCAUUGUCUGCGCGUCCCGCUCGGCGGUGUCUCCAGCGAGCGGAGGAAGCGGCUACAGGUACCGGCUGGGCUGGGGUCGUUACAUGGCAAGUUCGCUGGUUCCUAGCGGGGAGCGCGCUCCGUGUAUUCGAGCCCCCGUUCCUUUCUGGGCUCGCCCCUUGGCCACUCCAUCCCCCUGGCGAGACCCGCCUGACUCUCCCGGAGCCCGGCUCCCCUGCCGACCGGGGCAGUAGAACUGGCCCCCAGGGAGCCGCCCCCCAGCAACGGGUCCCAGCUCCAAUCCCCCCACUGGCAUUUGGGGCCAGUUUGGGGGGCAAAGGGGAGCGGAGAGGGCGGGCUGAGGGUCAGGACUCCUGAGGGGUUGUUCCUGUUUCUCCAUGUAGCUUGUUGUAGCUCUGUGGGCCGCAGGAUGUUGGAGAGACAAGGUGGGUGAGGGAAUCUGUUGUAUUGGACCAGCUUCUGUAGGGGGAGAGACCAGCUUUCUAGCUCUUCCUCAGGUCUCUGUGUGACUUGCGGCAACUUGUUUGUUCCUCCAUUCGCUCUCUGUAAAAUGGGGAUAAUCAUCCUGUCCUAGUUUGUACUGUGGGCUGUGAAGCAAAAUUGAUUAAUGUCUGAAAUGCUAUGUGGUCCUUAGGAGUGAGGUGCUGUGGAGUGCCAAGUAUAAUAAUAGUACCGACAGGGACCAGCUAGCACACCUUAUUGGAGUAAGAUGGGUCUCUGCUAGGAAGCUUGGAAGAGGCUUUUUUAAAAGGCUUGAAGCGCAACUACUGCCUGUGAUUUAUUUAUGAAUUCUAAUGGCCCUCACAAGAAGCUAAGGAGAAAACAAUGGGAAUGAAAUUAAAAACUAAUAGAGAGAUGGGAAGCAAUGGUGUUUCAGCACAUUUGCCUAAACUGUAGCAAAACACCAUGAAGGAACUCUCUUACUGAAAUCUUAACUGGCACAGGCACUCCUUCAUGCUUCCAAUAAGGCAGAUUGAUUUUUGUUUGCUUUCUGUUUCUAUUGCUGUUCACAAGCUUUCUCAAACCCUUACUAUAGCCAAAGGAACAAAUUCCCCACACUCAUGCCAUACGUUUGUUGGUUUUGCCCAUCUGUACCUGGGGAGUCAGCAUGGUCUAGUUCAGUGGUCCCCAAACUUUUUCUGUCGUGCCCCCUUACCUGUUAUGGAGUUUGUCUCUCCCUCCUGCUGGGGCUGUGGUCUGAGGAUGUGGCCACGACCCGAGGCCGAAGCGAAGGCUGGAGCUGUGAUCAGGAGCUGAGGCUAUAGCUGAGAGUGGAGCUGCGACCGGGAGUUCAGGGCUGAGGCCAGAGCCGGAGCUGGAGCUGGGUCUAGGAGGAGGGGCCCCAGGAACCCCAGACAGAUUCCAUUACCGUGUAUUAGUUGCUUUCCUUAAGCCAGUAUGGUGAGACUUCGGCUUUCCAGUACCAUUGUUGUAGUUUUCCUUAUGAUUCAGACUGGAUUCUUACUAUUUAUGUAUGCUCGACAUAGCAGCUUCAUGCCUCAGUCUGAAGAGAAGCCAUCUCAGGUGCACAUCCUUAUUCUCUCUUCCUGGAGGUCAGGAUCUUCCUUCGUUGGCCAACUGUUUAGCCAACACCCUGAUGUCUUCUACCUGAUGGAACCUGCCUGGCAUGUGUGGGUAACAAUGUACCAGAACAGUGCCAAAGUCUUACAUAUGGCUGUUAGAGACCUAGUCAGGUCUGUCUUCAAGUGUGACAUGUCUGUGUUUGAUGCCUACAUGCCUUGGAAGAGAAACUUGUCCGAUCUCUUCCAGUGGUCAGUGAGUCGGGCACUCUGUUCAGCUCCUGCCUGUGAUUCCUUUCAACGCACCGACAUUACCAGUGAAAUGGCCUGCAAGACCCUUUGUGGCAAGUACCCAUUCAGCAAGGUGGAGGAAGCUUGCAAGACCUAUAGCCACAUUGUCCUCAAGGAGGUCCGGUUCUUUGAUCUGACAGUUCUCUAUCCCCUUCUCACUGACCUCUCCCUGAAUCUCAAAAUCAUUCACUUGGUGCGUGAUCCCAGAGCUGUUGCCAAGUCACGAGAACAAUCAGUAAAAGCCUUAGCUCGUGACAAUGGGAUUGUUCUGAGCACCAAUGGCACUAAAGUGGAGGAUAGCAAAUAUAAAGUAAUGAAGGAAAUUUGUAGAAGUCAUGUUCAGAUUUAUGAAACAGCUACUCAGAAACCUCCAAGAUUUCUAAAAGAUCGCUAUUUGUUGAUCCGUUUUGAAGAUCUGGUACAAGAUCCCGUAUCAGAAAUCAGAGACAUGUAUAAAUUUGCAGAUCUUAGACUGACCCCCAGACUUGAAAGCUGGAUCUAUAAUAUCACACAUGGCCAGGGACCAGGAAAGAAAAAGGAAGCCUUCAAAAUCACCUCCCGAGAUGCAGUUAAUGUUUCCCAGGCCUGGAGGAAUAUUCUUUCCUUCCAAAAAAUUAAGAAAGUACAAGAAGUCUGCAAAGGUGCUAUAAAUAUGCUUGGCUAUAAACUUCUGUAUUCUGAGAAAGAGCAAAAAGAUUUGUCAUUGGAUUUAGUGUUGCCAAGACAAAGAACCCAGUUCAGUUGGUCAUCAUUCAAUCCGAAAAACUAAGACAUAUUACUUUGAGAGGUUUUUUGGAAAUUUUAUUUAUCUACUGUGCAAUGUGCAGGUAGUAUGAAAAGAUUUGGCUGUCAAAUUUAAUCCUAGUCCUAGCUGCUAUUUUUUUUUUUUCCAAGUGAUGGAAGUUUUUUUUUUUCUUCAAUUUCACACACUGGAGAAUGUGAAGCAAAUGAAAAAUGCAGCAUGAGAUUUGUCAGCUUGCAGACUUACAGCUGAGGUGAGCUUGUUCUGAACACUGCAUCUUGUAAAUAUUAUAUGUUAAACUAUAUGUCUUUCAAAGGUGAAUUAAUGGAGAUGGAAAAUGUCUUUUGUAUUUAUUGAGUAAUACUUUAAUUUUUAAACCUUGAUUAAACUCAGGAUAACAAUUGAUUAAACAUUUUAAGGAAAUCUUAGCAUCAUCUCAAAAACAAAUGCAUGGAAAUCAAGAUGGCAUAAAUUCUCUUAUGCUUUCUGCAUUAUUUUUUUAGUAUCCCCUGAUUUGCUGUUAUUUUGGUAUUCUUCCCCCCGGCACCCUGCAAGCUAUUUUGCAGCUCUGUUGGGUUUUUGUUUUUUUUUAAAACUUGUCUGAAUCUUUUUGUGUUUUAAUUUUCAGUAGUGCAGAUCAUCCUUGGAAAUCCCAGAGAACUGGGGUUACUUCUAAAAAUGACCUAUCUUUGGGUCAGCUGUGAAAUCCUGAAUUAUUCUGUCAAUAGAUUUAUCUGUGCUCUGAUCUGAAUGGCAGAGUUCUCACCAGCUGUUUGGUUAAGGCACUGAAGUAGAGCUUUUGCAUUGGAGUAUGGAAUCUAAAAGCAGAAAAUAGAAGUAGAAAAUUAGAAUGAGGGAAUCAUCGUGGUAAUAGCCUGUUCAGAAGAAUAUGCUCUAUAACUCCAUGACACACAAAAUAGGAACAGAGCUGCUUCUACAGUCUGUAAUUUACAGGGUUUUUUAAAUCAAAUUCUAGUUGUUGUACUGAAGAGUCAAUUAUUAACGAAAUUCACCACAGCAAAUAUGUCUGCCUUUGAAGCUUGUCUGUUAUUUAUACUUCUGUAUGCAAUUCUUGAAGGAACAAAUCUUGAAGCAGAAAUAGACUAAUUUUAAACUCUUCAUCUGAAGAAAGGCAUUAAAUCAUCUAACAUUUAAUCAAUUUUGGAUAACAGUUAAUAUUAAUUGAGGGAAAUCAUAAACUUAAUUUUGGAAGUGGUUUGGGCAAAAUCUCAACUAAGUAUAUGUUAGGGCUGUCAAACUAUUAAAAACAUUAAUCGCAAGAUUAAAAAAUCAUGAUUAAUCACAGUUUUAAUUGCACAGUUAAGCUGAAAUAGAAUACUAUUUAUUUAAAUAUUUUGGAUGUUUUUCUACAUUUUCAAAUAUAUUGAUUUCAAUUACAACCCAGAAUACGAAGUGCACAGUGCUUUAUUAUUUUGGAUAACAAAUAUUUGCACUGUAAAAACAUAAACAAAAGAAAUAGUAUUUUUCAAUUCACCUCACACAAGUACUGUUGUGCAAUCUCUUUAUAGUAAAAGUGUAACUCACAAAUGUAAUUUUUUUUUACAUAACUGCACUCAAAAAUAAAAUAAUGCAAAACUUUAGAGCCUACAAGUCCACUCAGUCCUACCUCUUGUUCAGCCAAUUGCUAAGACAAACAAGUUACAUUUACGGGAGAUAAUGCUUCCCACUUCUUAUUUACAAUGUCACCUGAAAGUGAGAACAGGCGUUCGCAUGGCACUGUUGUAGUAGUGCUGCAAGGUAUUUAUGUGCCAGAUAUGCUAAACAUUUGGAUGCCCCUUCAUGCUUCGACCACCAUUCCAGAGGACAUGCUUCCAUGUUGAUUAUGGGUUCUUCUUGAUUACAAUCCAAAGCAGUGCAGACUGACGCAUGUUCAUUUUCAUCGUCUGAGUCAGAUGCCACCAGCAGAAAGUUGAUUUUAUUUUUCGGUGGUUCGGGUUCUGUAGUUUCUGCAUCAGAGUGUUGCUCUUUUAAGACUUCUGACAGCAUGUUUCACACCUCAUCUCUCUCAGAUUUUGGAAGGCACUUCAGAUUCUUAAACCUUGAGUCAAGUGCUGUAGAUACCUUUGGAAAUCUCACAUUGGUAUUGUGACAUUGCACCCCAUAUUCUUCAUAGUGAUAUUAUUAGGAUAUUGUUGUAGCAUAAUUAUGAUGCAUUUUAUGCAAGAUGGGUCAUGUGAGCUGUCAUUGGAAAAGUUAUGAUUUGCUGAAUAUGAUUACCCUAUUUGUAUGCAUGUAUCAUUUUGUAUCUGUAUUUCAAAUGUAGUUACACCUCAGUAAUGCCCACUAGACAAGAUGCUUUCAGUCUAGAUAAUUGGUUGGGAAGGGCCUAUUCGGGACAAUGAGCCGUUAGGGAAAACAAUAGGCCUUAGGAGAAACUUAUCUCCUACCUGGUGAUGAGCCUUCCUGAGAACACUCCAAACAGCCUGUAAGUGAAGCUGCUAUGAUUCUACAAGGACAGGUGACCAGGCCACAAUGAUGCUGGACUCCAUCUUGGGAUGUCAGUAUUUUUCCACAGACUGGUCUGGAAUCAAGCUUUGGAACAAAGGGUUCCCUCCAUAUGCAAAAGCUAUAUAAGGCAGAGAGUGACAUCAUCUGUGGUUCUUCACUCCCGCACAAGAGGACUCCUGGAAAUACCUGAGGAACAAAGACUGAACUGGGGAAAGUGCUGGACACAGGCUAAAGAGAUUUUUAGCCUGUGUAUGAAACACCUGGGAUUCCAAGCUGUAAAGCAAGUGCAGCUUGCCCUGUAAGAAUCUGCAGCCUGCUUGUAUCAUCUCUUAGGGUGAGAAUCUGCUAAUUUAUAUCCAGUCUAUCUAGUAUAUUAAGUGUAGUUUGCGUUUUUUGUUUAUUUGCUAGGUAAUCUGCUUUGAUCUGUUUGCUAUCCCUUAUAAUCACUUAAAAUCUGUCUUUUGUAGUUAAUAAACUUGUUUUGCUUUAUCU